GGCACUGCUUCACCUGGAAAAGCAUUGUUCAUGUUAUUAAAGGCCUUUAUUGGUACAGGUGUCAUCUUCUUGCCAGGAUCAUUUGCUAGCGGAGGUUUAGUCUUGUCUAUUAUCCUAAUGGUCGUCUUGGGCUCCCUUUGUCUUCUUGCAUUCCAACUCCUGGUACAGGCACAACAAAAGAUUGGUGGUUCCUAUGGCGACGUUGCUGAGCAUCUUUAUGGUCGCUACUUGAAGAUCUUGAUUAACUUUUUCUUGUGUAUCUCUCAAAUGGGCUUUGUUUCUUCCUACAUGAUUUUUAUUUCUGAAAACAUUGGUAUUGUCGUCAACACAGUCAACCAUUGUAAUGCUCCUUUUGAAGCCAAGUACUACAUUUGGAUCAUCCUUGCUGCGAUCAUCCCCAUCUGCUGGGUUCGUAAAAUUGCCCGUCUGUCUUAUGUGGCUAUCAUCGCCGAUACAUUCAUUGCCUUUGGUCUGAUCUGUAUCCUUUACUUCACCUCUAGUCAAAUUGCUCAACAUGGUCCUGGCAAUAAUAUCGUUCUUGUCAACAGCCAAGACUUUGCCCUUAUGAUCGGUACUGCUGUCUUUUCAUUCGAAGGUAUCGGUAUGGUUCUUCCUGUGGUUGAAGGCAUGAAAGAACCUAAAAAGUUCCCUCUCGUCUUGACUAUCGGUAUCUUUAUCUGUAUAUUCGUAUUCACUCUGAUCGGAACUAUUGGCUAUGUUGCCUAUGGUGAUGUUAUUCAAGCCAGUAUUGUUGCAAACAUCCCUCGUGUGCCUCUAUCUACGACUGUUCAGGUACUUUAUGCCUGCGCCAUGAUCCUGUCUUCUCCUUUCAUGCUUUACCCUCCUUUGUCAAUUAUCGAAAAAGCCAUCUUCAGAGACCGCUCAGGACAAAAGAGCGUCACCGUCAAGUGGCUUAAAAAUCUUGUUCGUUCCCUGAUUCCCAUCGUCUGCGCUGUUGUCAGUUUCAGUGUCGGUUCAUCCAACCUGGAUAAAUUUGUUUCCUUGGUUGGCUCAGUUGCCUGUUUGCCUCUUUGCUUCAUUUUCCCUGGUCUUUUCAACUUUAAGGUUACCAAGAAGAAGUAUUUGAGAGCUAUUGAUAUAUUCCUUAUUAUCUUUGGAUUCGGAGUUAUGGUUUAUACCAUGUAUAUCAACAUCAACUCUUGGGUUCAUCCCAAACCCAAGACUGGACCCGUU